CCGGAAGUGGCUCCAGCCAGGCCCCGCCCACCACACGCAGCAACAGAGCACAGGGCUGGAGGACUAAACAGCCGCUGCAUCAUAGAGCGUCGGCAGGAAGGUCUUUGCUGUUACCAUAGAGGGGGGGAAAAUUGUUAGUUUAUGUCAAGGUUGCUAUGGAGACGGCUAUGCUAGGCUCCCUGGAGAUAGCCAUGCAUGUGUAAUCAGUACAGGUCGGGGGAGAAUGCCUAAAGGACGUCUGUGCAAUCCUUGCAUUGAAAAGGAUGGGAUCUGGUUCCCUCACAUUGGGGUCAGUAGGAAGCUGCCCAUGACCGGCACUCAGGAAAUGUUAUAUCGAGCAUCAUGGAGAGAGACCAGGCUGCCUCAUCUGUGCACCGCCGGUAACAAGAAUCAAGCGCAAGAUGGAUUCCCUUUCUCCGCACAUGACAAUAGGAACAUACUACAGGGCGCAGGAGAAUACCUGGAUUCUGGUCUUGGGCGAAAGAAAACUCCAUUUGAAAGAAGACAGCACAGCUCUCGAAAUUUUAACCUUCUAUGCCACGACCAGCCACCUAGAGCAACAAGUUAUUAUGGUUUAACAAGUGCGCAAAUCUCUUACAGAGGAAGGCAGGACACAGAGAAGCCAUUCUGCAGAAGAUACCCCAACCACCACCAUGAGAGGUCCACUCAUAUGCAGAACCUCCCUGAGAACCAUUUCAUGUGGUUUGCGGAUUACCACUAGGUUAAGUCAUGAUAUUGUCCAUUAGUAUAAGACAAUCAAGACAUGCCGUCUCCAACAUUGAUCAGAUACUAGUAAUAAAUAAUACAAGUUAUCAGAAAAUAAACUAUAUAUGAUAACUAUAUAUAACCUAUGGAUAAUGCU